UGAAAUUAUUUUGUAACGAUAAAGUUUUGCUAUGAAUAUUUUUGUUUAUCUCGAAUUUAUAGUAUUGUAGUUUUUUGUAAUGAUCGAUCAAAACUAAUCUUUAUAUUACAUGUUUAUCAAAAAUGUUGCAUACAUUCCUACGAGUAGUUUUUUUUUAUUUUAAAUUGUUAUUAAUACGCAAACAAUGUUGCUUAACUUAUCGUAUGUGUACUUACUGCCUAAGCUAUUAUUGAAAAUGCAAUUUUAGGUGCGAUUGUUUCCUUCGAAUGAUAGUAUGUUUAAUUUGUAUCCUGUUUAGGUAAAAAAAAUGAGAAGCAUACCGAAACAAAAGUAGUUAACUCUGAACGAAAGCAACGUUUUAUAUAAUAAAACAAUUUAUAAAAAUAUGUUUAAAAUUUUUAUAAAAAAAAACCUGAUUGUUGAAAUCAAUAAACAAUCAUAAGCGCGAACAUUACGGCAAGGGUAUCGUGCCCUUUGUGCUGUCUUUAUGAUGUAUAUAAAGAAUAGCACACAAUAUGGAUAGAAGCUUCAAAGAAAGGUCUGCAUUAGAAAACAAUUCAUGUAAGGGUGUACUGUUAGAAACAAAAAAUACGUAUCAGAACCACGUAUUAGAAUCGUGCCCGUUUCGUUAGUUUUUCAAACAUAGCAUAGAAAGGAUACUGUAUCAAACUGAUAGUAAGUCGAAUUUAACAUGACCUGGAUUGAAAUUUGUUUGAAUUUAAAAUGAUCUUUUUUAUUUGAAUUGAAUACAAAUAGUAGAAAUAUAAUUGUUUCUUAUUGUUGUUGUUAAACUACGUUAUCCGUUUUAUCCGCACGCCUUUGUUUAUACUUUUUACUGAUCGUCUUGCGAGAGUUGGCACAAAAAGCUCGCUUACUAACUCCAGAAAAAGCUCCUUCCUACACGAGAUUUCAACGCUUUGCAGCUACCGAAGGGUACACAACGAAAGCAACCUGUUGCAUUAUGCCACUUACUCUAUGGCUUUUGCUUCUCCACCGUAUCUUAUUGCUCAUAUCGACGGACCGGUUUAUGGUCCGCUCUCGCGGGUGGUACAGUCCGGCCACCAACUCCCGGUUUCAACAAUGUAUAUGUGUCUACUUUACAUCGACAAAACUGCGGCCACUACUGCGCGCGGUAACACAACAACUAACGCAACAGCACCGUAAACAAACCCAUGUGAGCAACUGGCUGGAGAAGCGAGAGCGACCACCAUGAAAGAAAGAGAUCUAAACGGAACCGAAAUACGAGCGGAGUGGAAAGAAAGUCGCACCAAAAAGCUCCGGAAAACCGGUUCUUAAGAAGUCGGUUCACCUGAGCACCAGAAAGAGUUUUAUGCUGGUUCGGAAAGGGUCGGGAAGCUGCACACACAUGCAUAGGUUUUGGGGUGGUUUUCUGUUUGUGUUAGUACACCGUAUAUGGCCGCUUCGAGUGCCUGUAAACCAUUGCGAGUCAUACUUUGAUCGUUUUGCAGCGUAGUGUAGCGUGCCCAGGCACGAAUGUUUUGCAGUCCGGUUUUGACAGGAGAAACCCUUUCCUGAUCUUGAUCAUUUAAAUGGAGCCACAUCGUUAUCGCCAUCAUCAGCGAUGCAUUCAGAAGCAUCGGCUGUCAUUAUUGUGAGUGCACCGGUUGGAAAUGCAUCGUGAGUGUAUUGAAUAGUGUAUGCCAGUGUGAGAAAGGAAAAAUCGUAACAACAACAAAAAAAACACAAGGAGAGUAGUUGAUCUACGAAAAGACGUACCGAGCGCGCAACCACCUACUCUCCGAUGUUGUGCCCACAACAUAUUUCGCAAAUCAGAAGGAAGCGAGAGAAAACGGUUCUACAUUCUGUUGCUUUUCUUCCGUGGCGGCUACUGCGCCUUUGACCGGGGCCCGGGCUUUAAUCUCGCGUAACCGAUCUAAGGCUGCUUUUAAAUCAUUAUCAUCACACCCGCGCGUACACCAACAUCCAGCUAAAAACGUCGAUGCAUUUUGCGGGUGAUCAUACAGCAUCAAAAGCGUGAUUCGGCCGGUAUCUAUACAUACUGUGAAGGAUUGAACAUUGAUCAGCGGCGUGGUUUCGUUUCCCAUUAUUUUGCCUGUACGCUCUGAUAGACACCAGGUGGACGGCAGACAGGACGUUACAUUGUUUCUGGCAGUGUGGUAUCACGGUUGUUGGCCGUAAAUUGGUACAAUCGAUUGUGAUCCCUUCAUAUUCGCUACUGGCCAAAUUCAAUCAACAUCCGUCGUUGUCGGCGUUGUAUGACACACUGGCUGCGUUCAGCCGGGUAACCCUACAGCAUCGAUCGACCAGCCAGCGUGACAUCGCGACCGGACGCGGUGACACCAACGGAAAUGACUAUCAGCACCACGACCGCUCGAUCGGCGGAAUCGAUCGUCACGAAACGGGACCAGCAGCAAACACAGCACAACAACGGACACGAUCGGUUGCGACGAGAACGGCCGAGAACGCAACAUCCAGUAAUGAUGGUGACCAGUUUUCUAUCGAAACCCAUCCUACCAGCCGCAAUGGCGCACGGCGUACUGCUGCUAGCGAUACUGCUCGUGACCUCCUGCGCCGUCGAAGGGAAGCUGCAGCUCUGUGAGGUGGAGACGGGUCAGUCCAGCAUCAUUCUGGACAUCGAGGAAAGCCGGGGCAGUUCCGUAGCGCAACAUACAAACCCACCGGAAUUACCGAUCUCUGGUGACCCGAACGAUGACAUCACCCUGGAGCUAGUGUUUCCAAAGGGCAAACCAACCUUUCUGCUGGAUGGUAAAUCCUUGCGACUGAUCCAUCCACUCGAUCGCGAUGAGGAAAAUCUUAGCCACAUCGUCUUCCAGAUAACCUGUAUGGUGCGGUCAACGCGCCGCAAGCGCAACAUUCCAAUAAUCGUCCGAGUGUCGGAUGUCAACGAUAAUCCGCCGAUGUUUAUCAACACACCGUACGAAACAACCGUACCGGAGUCAACACCCGUCGGGACGACGAUCUUCCGCAGUAUACAGGCCACGGAUAAGGAUGCCGGUGUGAACGGUCUGGUCGAGUACUUCAUCGUCGAGGGAUCGCAAAAUAUUUCGGACAUUUCACCAAACACCCUUACGGCGGCGGAUGGUUUUGGGGUGUUUGCCAUUGCAUAUCCACACCAGGGACAGGUCACCGUGGUCAAGACGCUGGAUUACGAACGAACGCAGCGGUACUACCUGACCAUCGUUGCAUCGGAUCGUGCACGUAACGCUACCGAACGCCUAUCCGCUACAACAACGCUAACGAUCGAUAUUGCCGACUCGGAUGAUCAGGACCCGUCCUUUAUUUAUCGCGGGUGCGUACUGCUAGAUGGUGCUUGUCUCAAUCCAGAGUAUAGCGCUUCCGUCCCGGCUGGAACAUUACAAGGCGUACUGACGGUAACACCCGAGCGGAUUCAAGCAGUCGACCUCGACACAAUCAGUGCACCGAUUCGGUACACCUUCCUGAGCGGCAUCCCAGGCAACUACGGUGAUUAUUUUGAGAUCGACCCACAGACCGGUGUGCUGAAACAGACGAAGCUAGUGGAUGCUUCGGUAACGGCAAAAAAGUUUGACAUCAUCGUCAAAGCGGAGGAAGUGUCCGAUAUGAAACGGUACACCACAGCCAAACUGUCGAUUCACGUGAAGCCGGUCGAUGCUUAUCCACCGAUGAUUAGUAUCACCGCUACCGAGGGGUUUGUCGAUGAAAAUUCUCCAAUCGGAACGGUAGUAAUGGAUGCGCAGGGUAAACCGAUUAAGCUGUCCACCACCGAUCAAGAUCUCGGUCCGGACGGUGAAGGUAUGGAAUACAUUUACGAGGUAACGACACCGUCGUUCAUCGUGUCGAAGGAAGGAAUACUGCGUGUUAACGAGGAAGGACUAGACCGUGAUCCUCCUAGUCCGGGAAAAUAUCUCUUCCAGGUUGUGGCACGGGAAGCGAAUGGUAAUGCGGCCAGUGCACCGAUGAGCCUUACUGUGAACCUACGCGAUAUUAACGACAAUGCACCGAAGCUGGCAAUGGUCGCUCCGGUUACACUGAUGGCCGGUGAUGGACGACGCCUAGUGACGAAAGUUCAAGCUACUGAUAACGAUGCCGCUGACAACGCCAUCAUCACGUACUCGAUCUUCCACGUGUCCAACAACGGUGCAAGUAAAUUUGCCAUCGAUCCAUCUACGGGUGAGAUCGAAACCAGAACACGCUUGAAUGCUGGUGAGCAGUAUAGUAUCACGGUACAAGCCUCGGAUAUAGGUGGAUUGUCGUCACAGGCCAUCGUUGAGGUGACAAUCACACCCGGACCAAACACGAAACCACCACGAUUCGCCAAACCGGUGUACGAGGUCCAAGUCAGCGAGGGAGCAGAAAUUAAUUCUACCGUGAUCGUGCUCAAGGCGGAAGAUCCAGAGAACGAUCCUGUCAGUUAUGCCAUUACGACAGGAAACGAUCUGCGCCAGUUCUCGAUUGGCAAGGACAGUGGUGUGAUAAGCGUGAUACGGAAGCUUGAUCGAGAGGAUCUUACGCGCUAUCAACUGAUCAUACGAGCUGAAGACAACGGAGGACUGGCAAGCAGCGCUACCGUCAACAUCAAGGUUACGGAUAUUAAUGAUAAGAAUCCGGAGUUUGAUGAACGUAAGUUGCCGUAUGUGUUUGCGGUGGAUGAGGGUAAAGAAAACGUUGCUAUUGGAAUGGUUCAUGCGACCGAUGCCGACGAAGGUAUGAACGCGGAGAUUACGUACACCAUUCCGUCAGAUAUUCCGUUCAAGAUUGACUCAAAGACUGGCGAGGUACGGACGAAGAUGGCGCUAGACUAUGAGAAACAAAAGGAGUACCGUUUUGUCGUGACGGCAAAGGACGGCGCUCCAGAGCCACGUCUCGGUACGGCUAGUGUGACGGUGAAAGUGCGUGACAUCCCGGACGAAAUGCCCAGGUUUAUGGAGUCAACUGUUGAGGUAAAAAUACCGGAAAAUGUACCUGACAUGACGGUUACUACGGUGCGGGCUUUCGAUCCGGACACGAAACCCGAGAUCACGUACACAUUGAAGCGCGGACCAGGCGAUUUGUUCAAGGUAGAUGCCCGGACGGGUCAGAUUAAGACGAUUCGCGGAUUGGACUACGAAAAGGAUAAAAUGCACGAGCUGAUUGUAGGUACGCUGGAAAACAAUGGCACUAAUCCGGGCGACUACAUACGAAUCAUGGUAGAGGUGGAGGAUCGCAACGACAUUCCGCCUGUAUUUGUAUCUAUUCCCGAACCGGUCAGUAUCAACGACAACUUGCCAAUCGGAGCAAUCGUGGGAUCAAUGCCGGCUGUCGACGGUGACGGAUCCUCACCAGGCAACGUAGUACGGUACGAGUUGGUUGGUCGCGGUAAAGCACUAAAGUACUUCCAGGUCGAUGCGGAUUCGGGUAUCGUGCGGAUACGUGACGACCUGGGCAAGGAGGAGGAUAGCGAGUAUCUGAUUGACGUGCGUGCUUUUGAUAUGGGCGAACCGCAGCUGAGCAGUGUUUCGACACUUCCCGUGUAUGUGGGUCACAUACCUACCAAUCCGAAUGGAGAUUCGGCCGAGUCGCGACUAGAGAAUGGAGGUAUCGUGAAUCUUGAGGUGCAGGGACUCGCAUUCAGUGACGAUAGUUAUACUACUAGCGUGCCUGAGUCAACGGGCGUAAAUGCAACAAUUAAGCUCAUUCAAAUCAUCAACUCUAAGAAAGCCACCAAGCAUAAUGGUGGCUUCAGCUGUGAACUGAUAAGCGAUGGCAAUGAGCAAAAAUUGUUCCGCGUCACUAUCGAAGAUCAUGCCUGUGCACUGAUACUGAUCGCACCAUUAGACUACGAGACAGCCACCAGCCACACGUUGGAGGUUCGGCUAGCGUCUAACAAGUAUUUUGUUAACCAGCACAAAAACACGGCCACCGUAAAGGUGAUCGUCCAGGACGAGAACGACAAUGUGCCACAAUUUGUGUUUCCAAAGACGUACCAGCAAAGUACGCGUAACGACACGUAUUACGCUGUCAUCAAUGCCGAUGCAGACAUCGAAACGCCUUUAAUACAAGUGAAAGCAACCGAUCGCGACAUAGGAUCGUUCGGUCAGAUCAAAUACACGUUGGUGGAUGUAGAAGAACAGUUGAAUGAAAUCCCGCAUGACGAUGCACCGAGUUCGUACUUCACCAUCAGCGAGGACACCGGAAUGCUUAAGACGCAGAAAUCCUUCCAGAGUGUCCGUCAAACACCGCUCGUGUUUUUGGUGGAAGCGCGUGACAAUAAUGGUAACGCUUCCAGCGGCACGGUACACAAGGCGCGUGCUCGGGUUGUGGUGAACCUAAUUGCCGAUAUCAAUCGAAUGACGCUCGUGUUCUUGGACUCAAAUCCAAAGGAUAUGCGUCGCCAUGCGCGCAAUCUCGAGGAACUGUUGCAUGAGAAAACCGACGGGCUGAUAACGGGCAUCGAGCGGUUUAGCGUUCGCAAAGUUCUGAAUGAAAAUGGCACUGCUGAGGAAGUGGCCGGAGCGACUGAUGUGUGGUUCUAUGCCGUCGAUCCCCAAACGGAGCGUAUUCUCGAGCGGAACUCAAGCACAAUCGCCAAGCGCGUCUUCGCACCUGCUAUCUUGUCCCAGAUUAAUUUCGAAGCUUCCAGUAUUGCACGUGCUACUGCACAGGGCAUUUUUGGACCGAUCGAGCCGAAGCUUCCUAUACAGAAAAUUAAAGCUACCAUCGUCGGAAAUGAUGAUGUGUUCCCGUUUGCGCUCAUUGCGGUAGCGAUCGUAAUUCUUAUUCUGGGUUCCAUCGGAAUCGUGUACAUUUGCAUUUCUUGGUCCAAAUACAAAAACUUUAAGCAAAGAAUGCGCCAGUAUACUGCACCCGCUAGCCCCGUACGCUACGAUCCGGUCAUGAUCAAUUCCCAACAGCAAGCACCGUCGGAAAAUCCGACAAGCUUGAAAGAGUACGAAACGCAGGUCCUAGCCAUGGCUGUUCCACUUGCCGACGAAGGUGACGAUUUGCAGCUUGACUUUAGCGCCAAAAACCAUGCCUUCAGUCUCGACAAUGUUAGCUACAUCACACACAAGGAAAAUGGUCAACACAGUCCUACAAACUCCGACGCAACGACCGCUGUUGUUGGCACACUGCAGCGUAACAAUAACAAUAACACUAAAAACAACAACAAUCUCAAUAUUAAUAAUCGCCAAAACACGCUCAACCGAACGCUCGAAAUGAACCGCAACAACUAUCUGAAUCCGUUGGUAUCCGGGGGAGGGAAUGGAACGGUACCCGGAACGCUGACGCUCGGACGCAUAAAAUCCGAACGCAAUAAUUACAUCAAUGGGUACGGCGAUACACUCAAUCGGAAUAAUUUAACCAUGGCCCAGAACAACACUUUCAAUACGCUCGGCCGCAACCAGCGAAACAUCAACCACGUGCCGCAUAACAAUGCCAACCAUGCGUCGAACAACAUUAACCUUAACCAGGGACAUCAUCACCAGAUGCACAACGGGGGCGGUUACGUGGGGACCGAAAUAGUGACAAAUACGCUCGGUCGCAACAAUCGCUACAAUGAUGUGCCAAUAACGAAUCCUCUGUUUCACAUACGACAAAACGGAGAUCUACAAUCGCAACCACAGCUGAACCAUAUCAGCGCUACGAACGAAAACGUCAGCUUUGGCAAACGGGACUAUAACCAAUUGUCCUUCUCCUAUCUCAACGACCUGGACCGAUCCGAUGCGGAAACCACUACGGAGCUGUAACCCUGAAGAAGGUGCCAGAAACCCACGCACGAAACACCGAACUCGGUCUCAAGCAGAAGAGUUCUCACAAUGAUGCCACAACAUGCAUCAAAGAAGCAGAUCCCCAUAGGGGACCGAUGGUUCCGACGGACACGAAACUGAAUCUUAACUUCGAUUAGGUUUUAGCAUAACGUUGUAAAAUAUUGUGACAUAUGUGGCAUUUUAUCGACUAUUGUUUUAUUUUGUCUUCUACGUUUUAUGCCAAUAGUUGCUAAUGUAAACAACUGCCUUUUAACGACAGAAUAUAAGUAUAAGUAUGCAAUUUUAAAAUAUGGAAUAGUUAGUAGCAUAAACAAAAAACAAAAAAUGUGUACUAUAGUAGCAGUAGAUAGAUAACAAAAACGAAGAAGCGAUGCUAAAUAUUGCAACAAGCAUGAAUGAAUAAGGAUGAUUACGCAAUGUUAUAUUUAUUCACUGUGCACAGGAAGGGAUUGGGUGCGUAAAAAGUUUGCUGGAGAGUAUACCACCGCUUUGAAACCCCACUCUCCAGUAUAAAUAGUUAGUUAUGCGAGAAAACAUUUAACCAACGAAAUGGGUUGGUGCGAAACGGCCAAUAACGAAUCUAGAACACGUAUAAAACAGACCGUAUCGUCUGUGAGGGCUGGCUAUAGUGUGUAAAUAUUUACAGUCAUUUAAUUAGUAAGCUCGUAUCGUACUUAGGAACGAUUUUGAAUGGAAAACCACUCAAUAUACCAAGGUAUGGAGGAUAGUAUUGAGCGAAAGUUAGCAAACAUUCUCAACAGUGUUUGAACAUUGAUGCUCACAUGUAUCGUUUCUGAAUAGAGAAAGCCUGUAAAGCCACAGAACUGAUCGAAAACUGCCCUUCUUAGCUAGUGGAAACCGGAAACAGUGUACAUGCUUACCGUACGAUGGUUACAUUUAGGGAAAUGCAGUUAGGUUUUAGGAAAAGGGACGAUAAUUGUUUAGUUAAACUGUCGUACAAUACAAAUGCAAUGAGUGUAGAAAAUACGGUAUGUAUCAUCGCAGCCAAUUUUAAUCAUACAGUUGCGUUAAAGCGCAACAAGCGUCCAAAUACAGCAAUAAAAACCUACUCAAUUUGAGAUUACUUGCAAACAAAA